UUUUUUACUGGAAGUUUAAACUGUUAUUUACAUUAUAAAAACCGUAAACGUUCAACAUUCAUGCAGAUAUUUCCAUAGAAGAACAUGGCAGAAGUAUCUAAUGGACGCGCGGACAUUUUGGAUGUUUCAUCAGAUUAUGCAAUAGUUUAUGGCCUAUACAGAAUGUAUUAACCACAUUUACAAGAGUCAGUUUACUGGAACUGAAGUUCUGCAAGACCUAUAGACAGCGAGACCGGCAAUGUUUUGAAGUUCGUUGCUAUAGCAACCAGUGGGUAUUCGAUAGAUUCCUAUAUUUGUGGCGUGCAUGUUUGUACCGACAAUAAAACAGAUUGGUUUGUUAUGCGAUUACUAACAAUGGGAUCAGAAGAUUGUUCCUGGGUCUUCGAUUCACUGGUGGGGUUUCUGCAGGGACCAAUAUGGAAUGCUCCAAUACUAACAUUCAUCGAACAAAAGUCAUCAGUCUUCGAACCAGGACACUCGGAACAUGAAGACGAGUACAAGAAAAUUUACGAAGAAUACAAAGAUCUGGUGGACUCAAUGCUGGGAAGUUAUAUGGAAGACAUUGGUAUUACACCAGAGCAAUUUGAAAAUGCAUGCAGUAAGAACUCAGCAGGAGGCUUGCAAAUACGCUUUCAACAAACCCUGUUUGAACAAGUGUGGGCAGCUAAUGACUAUGAAAUAUUCAAGAGGAUGAUGAUCCAGAAGAAUGUAGAGCUUCAGCUGCAAGCACUGGAGAUGAUCCAGCAGCGCUAUGGCAUCACACCGCAGUCAUUCCUGCCAACAGAUGGUGAUGAAAACCUGCAGACAGAGGAGGAAUCCCGAAUCAUGGAGGAGGUUAUCAAGCAGUCACUUGAAGAGUAUGAGAUAAACAAGCAGAUGCUGGACAGAUCUACUCUGGAGAUAGAACAGAGCCUUGUGUCAUCACCUGAGGAACGCCAUCGUUUGGAAGCAGAGUGCAAAAGGGAGAAGGGGCUGUUGCAGACUGCACUCCAGCUCACAAUUGAACCGCAAUUGCAGAAAGAAGAAUCAGUGCCCACAAAAUAUGAGGAUGAAAUGCAGAUAAAAAAACAGGUUGAUGCUGAAGAUCUGAUGAGAAGACAAGAAUACCUGAAUGCACAGCGAGACAAACUUCUAGCCCUUAAAAAGCAAGAACGAGAAAAGCAGCUCCAGGCAGUGGAAACUGGUAGCAGCAAGCAGCGUCCUAGAUCUGCAAAAGCAGCACAGUUGGCACUUGCUGGUCAGCCUGAAAUCAAUGCACAAACCUUGCAGGUGCGGAAGGCUCUUGCAGAACGACUGAAAUCUGAAGUGGUUGGAAGGAAGUUCUAGAGUCUAGAAUCUAGACUGUGUAUGCUCCUGUUUGAAUUUUUCAAGUAGCCUAUCCUUUGUAUAUAAUUUGGAAAACAAUCUAUAAAAUGAAAAUGGCAUUUAUAACUUAACUAGCAUAUAAUGUCCUUGUUCUUCUGUCCUUGCAAUCAUAGAGGCAAAACUAAAAAUGUCUGGCCACAGCAAUAAGGUUACUUAAAACUGAGAUAAAUCCCACUGCACAAUGUGAUGGCUUCAAACUUUAGAACAGAAAGUAAAGAUUAUAUCACCACAUUUCAACACAAAAUCGCACAUUUACAAAGUAAUUGAACUGAAAAACCAUGCAUUUAAUCUAAUAAAUGUGUAACCUCAGUGUUCAAACAUGCUAUAAAACAGCUGGCUUCUUAAUCAUUGCCCAAGUUCAAGACAUUCUAUUUACUGUACUCACACCCCUGAAGCCAAUUCGUCAGAAACAUGUAACUGUCACCUUCAAGUUGCCUUUCCUGUCUGUUUGUACAAAUGUAGUGUAUCCCAAAAGAAAUAUUAAAACAAAACAAUCUUAAUUUUGUGUAUUUUAGCAGAACACUUUCAGCAUUUAAUAAUACUGACUUUUUUAAAAUAAAUAAGAUAUACACAACAUUAACAACAUAUAUUAUUGAUUAAUUAAAACUGGUACACUGUCAAUUUGCACACAUUUAAAACUAUGAUUGUGCUACUUAUUGUCAGUUAAUGCAUUAUUAAUUUUUCACUUCAUUAACAUGUAUGAAAUAAAAAAGUGUGUGAAAGCAUAAAACAUCUUCA